UGAACAAGGCCAAAGCAUGGCAACAAAAGACCAUGGUGUGAUUAAAUAUUGUGAUAUAGCUGUUUCAUAUGGAAAAUCUAAAUCUAGACUCCAAGCAAUUUUUUAUGGAGAGUUGCUCAUAUGGCCAUUUAAUAAAGGCAUCAUGCCACAUGUUAAAAAUGACCAUAUAAAAUUGGGAAAAGUAGGCAAAAACUCAAUAGAUAUGCUAAGAAAAACAUUAGGAAACAAUUGA